GACUCCGAAACGUCGUACAUACCCCAGUCCGACAAAGUUUACACUAUAUACCCUCGCAGAGUAGCUGUAAUCUAACCUCGGCAGCGUCAAACUCGUCAGAUCUCCAUACGAGCCUAACACGGUCGUCGUCCUCGAGUCUCUCCCAUCGUCCUUUCGCGUCCCCUUGCGCGCGCGCACUGCACCAAGUGCUCUCCUCCGUCGACGAGGGCAGCGUUUCUUCCUCUCAGCACUGUGCUCUCGCGUUCUUAUCCUCCUCCUCUCUAUCUCCUCGCAAGAGACAAAGCAGCGGCUGCGGAGAGCAGCUACCCGGAGAAGCGGAGGACGACGAUGAGCUGCUGGAGUAGCUCGUCGUCUCGACAACAACGUUCGGCCAACGCCAUCGGUCUAUCAAAAUGUCAACUCCAGAAGGGGAUAGCGCUUCUCACAAACAACAUAGAGAACGCAAUGCCGGUCGAAAAGCAGACAAGAAGAAAAUCAAAAAGAAGGAUCCAAGUCAUAUCAUUGAAGAUCCUAAGCAGAAGAACCCAAAAGCAUUUACAUUUAAUUCUGCUAUAAAAGCAGAAAGAAAUUUUAGGCGGAAGCAAGACAUUGAUACCAAAAAGCAGCAUAUUCCUGUUGUUGAUCGAACUCCAUUAGAACCACCACCGAUUCUAGUUGCUGUUGUUGGUCCACCAAAAGUUGGAAAAUCUCUAGUUAUACAAUGCCUUAUAAAGAGUUAUACUAAGAAUCCAUUGACUAGUAUCACUGGACCUGUCACUUUAGUGUCAGGUAAACGUAGAAGAAUCACAUUCAUAGAGUGCAACAAUGACAUCAACAGUAUGAUUGACAUUGCCAAAGUUGCUGAUUUGGUCUUACUGUUGAUUGAUGCCUCAUUUGGAUUUGAGAUGGAAAUCUUUGAGUUCCUUAAUAUUUGUCAAGUUCAUGGUAUGCCAAAAAUCAUGGGCGUUCUUACACAUCUUGACCAGAUUAAGAAUGCUAAGCAAAUGAGAAAAACCAAGAAACUUUUGAAGCAUAGAUUUUGGACUGAAGUCUAUUCUGGAGCCAAGCUCUUUUACCUUUCUGGUUUAUUACACGAUGAAUAUUUGCGAAUGGAAGUUAAAAAUUUGGCAAGAUUUAUUUCUGUAAUGAAAUUCAGACCUCUCACAUGGAGGACAACUCACCCUUAUUUGUUAGUUGAUAGAGUUGAAGAUCUAACAGAUCCUGAACUGAUUAGGCAAAACUCCAAAGUUGACAGAACAGUUUCUGUUUAUGGAUAUGUUCGUGGUGUGCCUCUCAACAAACAGUCUUCUAUUCACAUUCCUGGAUGUGGAGAUUUAAAAAUCAAAGACAUAAGUUUCUUACCAGAUCCAUGUCCUCUUCCAGAACAGUUGAAAAAGCGUGCUUUAGUAGAAAGAGAACGUUUAAUAUAUGCUCCAUUUUCAGGAGUUGGUGGUAUUGUCUAUGACAAAGAUGCAGUUUAUGUUGAAUUAGGAGGAAGUCAUUCCCAUACUAAGGAUGACACUGGUUUAUUAAGCCAGUUGCUCCAAACACAUGACACUUUAGAUCACAAAUUGGAGCAGAGUGAACUACAACUUUUUACUAAUUCAGCACCUAUAAAGUCUCAGGAUGUCAACCAGAUUUUUACGGAAGAAAAAGUUUUUGAUCAGGGUAGAAUAAGGAGGAAAGUAGUUUUUAACGAUUCGGAAAAAGAUAAAAAUGAAGAUGAAGAAGACGACGAAAGUGAUGAAGAAAUGGAUCUAGAGGGAGAGCUGAAUAAAUUAACUGCUCAAAAAACAAAAGCAAGUAAAGAUGAAACGGAAGAAGAAGAGGGCGAAGACGAUGACGACGACGAUGGAGAUGAAGAAGACGAUGAAGAUGAAGAAAUGGAAGAUGGUAGUGAUGACGAAGAUGGUCAAUCUAAAGAUGAAAUCGGGAAAUCAAGAAAAAGAAAGGCCGUUGAAAAAUCAGCUAAAAAGAAAAUGAAGUUAGAUCCUGAUAGUAAAAAUCCAGAACUUUAUCGCGAGUUGCGUAUCAAUCAAGACAAACAUGUAAAAGACAAGAUUUCAGAAGCUCUUGGCUUGAUUGGAGACAAAAAUCUGAAAGCAUCUAAUUCCAUGGAAAAAAGUACUGAGGACAAAACUCGUGGCGACGAUGGUAACGAUGAGAGUUUUGACGAACUUAGCGAAGACGAAGAUAUGGAUUUCGAACUUAAAUUAGAUAACGACGACGACGACUAUAAUGACGAUAUUAAGAGCAACAAAGAUGAUAAAGACGAUGGCGAAAACGAGGAGGAUGGUGAUGAAGACGAUGAGAACGAGAACGAAGAGGAUGAAGACGACCAAGAAAAUCUCAAGUGGAAAGAGAACAUAGCUGAAAAAGCGAGAGAAGCUUUCUUGAGUCGACAGCAGACAAACAUUAAUGUCAUGCGAUUAGUCUAUGGAGUCUUUGAUGGAGACAGAAAUUAUCAAGAAGACAAGCAAGAAGAACCAGAAAAAGAGGAAGUUGGUGGUAUCUUCCACGUUGUACAAGCCAAACAAAAACAGAAAAUUGAAGAACGUGAACUGAAAAACCAGGAAGAAUCUGUAUUCUUUUCUAAAGAACUUCCGCGAGACUGGCUCGCAGAAGAUAAUAAAUGCUUGUUGGUAAACCGUUUCGUCACCGGAAAGUGGAAAGAGUCGGAAGAUGCCGAAGAACUUCUUAAGUUAGAUGACUUGAAAGAUGACGAUGAAGAGGUAUAUGGAGACUUUGAAGAUCUCGAAACAGGCGAGAAGCACAAAGCUUCAGAGAAGCAACCAACAACGUCAGAGCCUACUCCGAAAGUUCCAAAAGAAAUGACCUCUGAUGAAUUGGAUGAACGCAAGCGUCUGCUCGAAAAGAAAAGAAAACUCAAAGAGCAGUUCGACGCGGAUUACGACACAACGGACAAAACGUACUAUGAAGACCUCAAACUUGAAGUCGAACGUCAGGCUGAGCUGAACAAGUCCGAAUUCGAAGGUCUUGAUGACAACGUACGUGUCACCCUCGAGGGUUACAGACCUGGAAUGUACGUGAGAUUGGAGAUCGACAAUGUACCCUGCGAGCUUAUCGUAAACCUAGAUCCGACAUAUCCCAUGAUCGUCGGUGGUCUGCUUCCUGGAGAAGAAAAUAUUGGAUACGUACAAACGCGCGUCAAGAAACAUCGUUGGUACUCAAGGAUUCUUAAAAGCAAGGAUCCCCUCAUUUUGUCGGUCGGAUGGAGGAGAUUCCAGACUAUGGCGAUAUUUUCGAAAUUGGAGGACAAUCUGCGCAACAGAAUGUUGAAGUACACGCCCGAACACGUAGCAUGUAUGGCUCACUUCUGGGGUCCGAUCACACCUCAGAACACGGGUGUUCUCGCCGUCCAGGACGUAUCCAAGCGUGAGCCUGGCUUUAGGAUAGCCGCUACCGGUACCAUCGUGGAACUCGACAAGAGCACCAAAGUCGUCAAAAAACUCAAGCUCACAGGUGUUCCUUACAAGAUCUACAAGAAGACAGCGUUUAUCAAAGAUAUGUUCACUUCGGCUCUCGAGGUCGCCAAAUUCGAAGGUGCUAAGAUCAAAACUGUCUCGGGUAUUCGAGGUCAAAUCAAGAAGGCAGUAUCCAGACCCGAAGGCUGCUUCCGUGCAACUUUCGAAGACAAAAUCCAACUGAGCGAUAUUGUAUUCUGUCGUACAUGGUACCGCGUAGACAUUCCCAAGUUCUACAAUCCGGUAACGUCGCUGUUACUGCCACCCGAGCAGAAGAGUCAAUGGAAAGGCAUGAAGACCACGGGUCAGCUCAAACGUGAGCUGAAUCUCAAGGCUACUCCAAAUACCGACAAUCUAUACACCCCAGUGUUGCGCGAGCCCAAGGUAUUCAAGCCCCUGGUUGUGCCAAGAACACUACAAAAGGAUCUUCCCUACCGAGACAAGCCUAAGCUCCAGCCGGUACUUGGUAAGCGCAAGACCAAAUUCGAGGAGAAACGAGUUGCCGUCGUCAGGGAACCAAGAGAGGAGAACGUGGCGAGGAUGAUGAAGAUGAUAAGGACGAACUACAGCUACAAACAGGAGAAGCUUAAGGAAGCAACGCACAAGAGAAUCACGGAAUACCAAAAGAGGGUCGACGAGGAAACGGCGAAGAAGAUGAAGAGACAGAGGGAGAUGAAAAAACAAGUGUUUAGGGAUCUUAGCAAGCUCGAGGCUAAGGCUAAUAAAAAAAAGGGAUUUUAGAAAGAAGGUGAUAUUAUCGAUGGACUUGUUAUAAUUUUUUUGUAAAUAAAUUACAUUGUAUAUGAAAUGUAUCACGAAAGUUUUUUCAUCUAGUGUUGAAUGCAAUCGUGGAUAAAAUGUUUUAAA